AGACUUGAUUUGCAUUCAGUCUAUGGAUGGAAUGCUAACGUUUUUUGAGCAGGAAAGCUUUGCUUUUGGACGUUUCUUGCCUGGUUGUCUUUUGCCAGGCCCGCUGAAAUACAGCUCAAGGACAGACUCCUUCAUUACUGUGUCCUCAAGUCGGCAAGUUGAAAACUAUAAGUACCAGGUGCUAGCUAUUGCCACAGAUGCAGAAUCCAGACAAGAUUCUGAGCAACAGAAAUUAGGAUCUGGGAAACGAUUAACGUCUGUUUGGAGGGAUUCAAAAUGGAUUACUCUGGAAACUUGUGCUUGAAUUUGAGAACCGACAGCACAUUCAAGAUAGUAG